AUGCCUAUAGGGAAAUUGGAGCCGUUUGAUGUUAACUCCAAACAAUGGCCGGCAUACGUUCGCCGUGUAAGACAAUACAUAUUGUUGAAUGAAAUCAGGCAAGAAUUACAAGUGCCGUUACUCAUCACCAUAGUUGGAGAUACUACGUAUUCUCUAAUGUGCGAUUUGUGUUCGCCGGAGCAUCCGGAAUCAAAAUCGUUCGAGGAGCUCGUUCGCCUAGUAACACAGCAUUUAGAACCACAGCGUUCUGAGAUAGCCGAGCGCCAUGUUUUUCGCUUGCGUCGACAGGUCGUCGGCGAGCCGCUCACCGAAUACCUGCAUAAUUUAAAACAUUUGGCGACGACGUGCAAUUUCGGCAGCAACCUGGAAGAGAACUUACGUGACCAGUUCGUGUCUGGAUUGGCGAGUGAGGCGAUGCGAUCGCGAAUUUUUGCCGAAAAAGACAUAAAUUAUAAACAGGCCGUGGAGCUGGCUCUGGCUUUGGAGGCGGCGGAGCGACACGCAGAGGUGAGCGCAGCCCCGAGCGCAGCAGGCGUGGGCGGCGGCGGCGGGUCGGCGGCGGGCGAAGGCCUGCACCAGGCGAGCGUACGGCGCUCGCAGCUUCGCGGGGCCGCGCGCCCGCCCGCACAGCACGGCGGCGGCGGGAGCGGCGCGGGCGGCGGUGCUGGCGGCACCGGCCGCUGCUGGCGGUGUGGGAGGCCGCACCGGGCGGAUAAGUGCCGGUUUGCUAAUUAUAAUUGUGAUGAGUGUGGUGUACGUGGCCAUUUAAAAAAUAUGUGUAAAUCAGUGAGUGGCAAAGGGCGGGCGAACGCCCGACAUAAUUACGUGAGUGACGAUGAGCGAGACGAGGAAUUUUUCAACAUCCAAGUGGACGGUACAGGUGACCAACCUUAUUUAGUUAUGGUUAAAGUGGAUGGACGUCCAAUCGAGUUCGAAGUCGAUACCGGCAGCCGAAUUUCGACCAUAAGCGAAGAUUUUUUUAGGCGUAAUUUUUAUAAUAAAACUGUAUUAGCUAAUAAUAUAAACAUACGCAGUUAUGUCGGUUCGACGAUAAACUCGCUUGGAUUUAUUAAUGUAUAUGUAACCCUCGGUAAGGUCUCAGUGUAUAAUUGUAAACUUUAUGUAAUUAAGAACGGGGGACGUCCUUUGUUAGGCAGAGAGUGGGUACGCGCUCUUGGAGUUAAAAAUAUAGCCAUAGAUUUACAGGAAAUUAAUGAGGAUGUAGGGAGCGAUCCCUUUGUGAGUCAAUUAAUGUGUGAAUUUCCGGAGGUGUUUACGGAGAAGUUAGGAACUUGUAAAAAAACAAUAACGUUAUAUGUAAAGGAUGAGAAGCCCGUAUACGUGCGCGCGCGGCCUGUGCCGUUAGCACUGCGCGCUCGCGUUGAGAGCGAGCUGGCGCGGUUAGAGCGAGAGGGAAUUAUUUACCGCGUUGAGUCAUCCGAUUAUGGGACGCCGAUAGUACCCGUGGUUAAAGAAUGCGGCGAUAUAAGAAUUUGCGGUGAUUAUAAAAUUACUAUAAAUCCGAUCCUUAAGCGUGAUCCAUAUCCACUUCCUCGGAUCGAGGAGUUGUUCGCUUCACUGAGUGGGGGAGAAGAGUAUUCAAAAAUUGAUUUAAAACAUAGUUAUCAACAAUGCUUGUUAUCGGAUGAUUCACAGCGUUAUACGGCUAUAACUACGCACGUCGGUACAUUUGUAUAUCGUCGCACUCCAUUCGGUUUGUCGUGUAUCCCGGAGAAGUUUCAAAAGAUCAUGGAGGAAACCCUUCGGGGUGUUCCAAAUACUGUUGUAUUUUUGGACGACGUCUGUGUUACCGGUGUGGAUAGGAAAAGUCAUUUAAGAAAUUUACGUACAGUAUUAGAACGGUUACGGGCUAUGGGUUUUACUGUUAAAUUUGAAAAAUGCAGUUUUUUACAAAAAAGUGUAAAAUAUUUAGGUUUUAUCAUCGAUAAAACAGGAUUACGUCCCGAUCCAAAUAAACUAGCCGCUAUUACUGAGGCCCCGAGGCCCCAGAAUAUUACACAAUUAAAAAGUUUUUUAGGAAUGUUAAAUUAUUAUGGGAAAUUCAUUACAAAUUUAAGCAUAAUGUUACAACCCUUGCAUGCACUUUUAAAAAAAGACAUCGAUUGGACAUGGGAUUCGAGAUGUGAGGAGGCUUUUAUUGCAGCUAAAAAUGCUCUCACCUGUGAUAAAGUAUUAGCGCAUUAUGAAGACGGUCGGGAACUCAUUUUGUCAGUGGACAGCAGUGCGUACGGGGUGGGCGCGGUCCUGGCGCAUCGCUACUCGGGCGGGAGUGAGCGCCCUAUCAGCUGUGUUUCACGGUCGCUCAAUUCGGCGGAGCGGAAUUAUAGUCAGUUAGACAAGGAGGCGCUCGCGAUUUAUUUUGGGGUAACUAAACACCAUCAAUAUUUGUAUGGGAGAUCGUUCAUAUUGCGUACCGAUCAUCAACCCUUAUCACAUAUUUUCGGUAAAAAGGGGGGAAUACCACAAACAGCUGCAAGCCGUUUACAAAGGUGGGCCGUGCGUUUAUCAGCCUAUGACUUCAAGGUAGAAUUCGUGAGAUCCUGUGAGAACGGUCCCGCGGAUGCGUUGUCUCGUCUGCCCCUUCCGUGUGAGCGGAGCCCCACGGAAGCGUUAAGUUAUGUAGAUUUAGUUAAAGAUUCAUUGCCUGUAAGUUUUAAAGAUAUUGCGGCGGAGACAUAUAAAGAUAAAUUAUUAUGUAAAAUCAAAGGAUAUGUUUUGUUUGGAUGGCCGGCUCGCGCCAGCUGUGAGGAGGAGCAGGCUUAUUUCGCACGUAAGGACGAAAUCAUACACGAAUUGGGGUGUCUGAUCUUUAAAUACAGGCUUGUUGUUCCUCCUCCGCUACGCGCGAGGGUCCUGGAGGAAAUUCACCAAGGGCAUUUAGGAGUGAACAAAAUGAAAAGUCUGGCUCGUAAUUACGUUUAUUGGCCUGCUUUGGAUGCAGAUAUAGAGAAUUUGUGUCGAUCUUGUGAGGCAUGUCGAGUGGUUCGGGACGCUCCGCCCCACGCCACUUUACAUCCUUGGGAGUUUCCCCUAGGGCCCUGGCAAAGGGUUCAUGCGGAUUUUGCUGAAUGUGGGGGUGUAAAAUAUUUUAUAUUAGUUGACGCUUUCUCGAAAUGGAUUGAGGUAAGUGCAAUGAAACGAACAGACACUGAAUCCACGGUGUCAGUGUUGAGGUCUAUGUUUGCUAGAUUCGGAUUACCGUCACAGCUAGUUACUGAUAAUGGCCCCCCGUUCUCGUCUAUAGAUUUUAAAACUUACUGUGAUAAAAAUUGUAUACAACAUGUAACGUCGGCACCGUACAGACCACAAGGUAAUGGGGCCGCGGAGAAUGCGGUUAAGACGGUAAAGAAGGUAAUUAAAAGAGCUAUUUAUGAAGGCGAAAAUAUUUCUAAAGCACUGUCGAAGUUUUUAUUUCAAUAUCGUAACGUUGAGCACGCCACGACUAAAGUGUCGCCGGCCGUAGCGCUUUUAGGCCACCGUCUGCGCGGUCGCUUAGACGCGUUACGUCCAGACGUCGGUGCAGAGGUGCGCACGGCACAGCAGAGGCAGAUGGCUAACAAGGGAGGUCAGGAUAGGAAUUUCGAGAACGGGGAUCCCGUACUUGUACGUAGUUAUUCCAGUAAGUCGCCUAAAUGGGUCGAGGGUAAUGUGACGCAAAAGACCGGCCCUGUUUCUUAUAAGGUGAAGGUUGAUGACGGGGUUGAAUGGCGUAGGCAUCAAGAUCAAAUUAUUUCACUGAAUAGUGGGAACCGUAAAAGUCGAUUCUCUUUAUCCCGGCCGAAUUUGAAUAACUCGACUAAUUGUGCCCCCGCAAGCGAUGGUGCUGACGGGACAUGUGCUGAUGUGGCGGAGGAGGAGGAGGCGGACCAGGACGCGACCGACAAGGAUACAGGUAAAUCGACUGCAAAUUCAGUCACGCGCUCCCCCACCCCUCCUCCUGACGGUGCAUCAGCUCGAGCUGUACGAGCUUACGAGCGUUCCCGUAAGUUGUUUAAUAACGAGUAAAAAAAAAAAAAAAAAAUAAAUAAAUAAAAAUGUUA